AUCAGCAGGAGGAGAAUGUUCGGCUAAACUUAGGAAAACUGUGUUUGGAUAAUCUGCAUUUUCAGUCUGAGCAGCAGAAAAGUGAAACUCAAUUCCUACCCAUAUCUGCAGACUGCACAAACCUCAGUGUUUUUAAAAGUAAACUGAAAUCAUAGCUCAAGGAAAAACAAGAUGUGAUCACUGAUUUAAACCUGUGAAUGCACCAAUCAUAAAGACAGUGAAAUGUCAUUUUUAAUGUGUUGUCUUUAGUGUUAUUUUAUUUCAUUUUUUCCUGUUUUCUAAAAAAAAUAGGAAGAGCUUAAUUCUAUAACAGGGCAAACUGUGUCUUACAUAGAGUAACAGACAUUUUUAAUAAAGUUUGAAAUAUUGACAAAUCAGAUAUCAGCAAAAAUAUAGUUUAUCUCUUCUCUGUAGCGUUUCCUUUCACCUUUACUUCUAUCUACUAAGCUUAUAACUGCAUUCUCACACUAACUUGAUUAAACAGCCUUGACCUAUUUAUAUGGUAAUGUGUAUUAAUUUAAUCGAGGUAGUUUUAUAAUUAAUUUAUUAAAUUCAGGGGAACCAAAUGGCGACUAUUGCACCGACGCGGACGUUUUAGCUCGCGAACCCGGAAGCGCUCCCGGAAACGAGUGCGUCGUUGUUUUCAUCCGCUCUUUUUUCAACAUGAAGGAAGCAAACAUGGCUUUCCCUGUCAGUAUAGGGACCCUCCUUCAGUCAGACUUCACAGAGGACGCUGCGUACCGGGAGGACGGUCUGUGUAUCGUGGGUAUUUUCGGUAAAGGCGCCAUGCAGCCCGGACCUCUGAAGGAGUCUCUGGUGAACAACCUGGCGGACAAACACAUCUUCUCCCUGUUCAGCGGAGCCGAGGACGGCGGCACCCCGGACAGCCACAUCCAGGCUUUCUACCAGCAGGAGAGCCGGGUGCUGUACCUGCUGCUCUCCUCAGUCUGUGACAGCCAGCAGCUCCUCCGGGCCUGUCAGGCUCUGAGCACCGGGGCCGGACACUCCGACGCCCACGAAUUCUGGAAAGGCCUGGAGCGACAGCACUGCCUCCACCUGCUCUACAUGUUCUCCGUGUGCCACGUCCUCCUGCUCGUUAACCCCAACCAGACCUUCGAUGUGACUUAUGACCGGCUCUUCAGGGCCCUGGAUGCCCUCCGACAGAAAGCCCUGCCUCUGAUCCGAGCUGCCAUCAAAGACUGUCCGGUGUCCAAAGAGUGGAAGGUGAACUGUCGGCCCUGCCCUCCUAGGCUGCUCUUCGUCUUCCAGAUGAACGGCACUCUGAAGGUCUCAUCAAACGGCUCAGACUCAGCAGGGAACCCUGACAAACCCAAGAAGCAUUCUCCCAGGAGGAGGCUGCAGCAUGCACUGGAGGACCAGAUUUAUCGCAUCUUCCGUAAAAGCCGAGUCCUCACCAACCAGAGCAGCAACUGUUUGUUCACCGUGCCGGCCAACCAGGCGUUUGUGUACGUGAUCCCUGCCAUGGAUGAGGACCCUGUGGGUACCUUAAUUGGUCAGCUACGAUCCAACUGCAUCUUGGUUGACCAAGAGUCCACUGCUGUUUUGUCAGGGCCGAGGCGUUACCAGCAGAUGCGACGCUCAACUCGGCAGCCCAGCUUUGGGGGUGAAUCAGGCAGCGGCUCCAUGGGCAGUCAGCUGUUGGACUGUACAUUGAAGGAGUUUCUCUGGCAGCACGUAGAGUUAGUCCUCACCAAGAAAGGUUUUGAUGAUAGUGUAGGCAGAAACCCCCAACCUUCACACUUUGAACUGCCAACAUACUCUAAAUGGGUCCAGGUAGCCUCCAGACUCCACCAAGUCCUAAUUAAUAACACAGAAGAAGAAAUAGCUGAUCUGGCUACCAAAGUGCAAAGCCAGCUGAAGGUUUUAGAGGGUUUUCUGGAUGCUGACACAAAGUUCUCUGAGAAUAGAUGUCAGAAAGCUCUGCCUCUGGCUCACAGCGCUUACCAGUCCAACCUUCCUCAUAACUACACAACCACUGUGCACAAAAACCAGCUUGCACAGGCGCUGCGGGUGUACAGUCAGCAUGCACGAGGUGUGGCUUUUCAGCGAUAUGCAAUGCAGCUUCACGAGGAUUGCUACAAGUUCUGGAGCAACGGACACCAGCUGUGUGAGGAGAGAAGUCUGACCGACCAACACUGUGUUCACAAGUUCCACCUGCUGCCUCAGCCAGGAGAGAAGCCAGACAUGGAUCGAAACCCACCCGUCCUGAACCACAACAGUAGGGGGCGCUCCACCAGCUCCUGUAACUGUGGCAGGAAACAGGCUCCUCGGGAGGAUCCGUUUGACAUCCAAUCUGCCAACUAUGACUUCUACCAGAUGCUGGAGGAGAAAUGCUGUGGGAAACUGGAGCGCAUUGACUUUCCCGUGUUCCAGCCGAGCACUCCAGACCCGGCUCCAGCCUCCAACCAGAGACUCCCGUGUGAGGCCUCCGGUGACACAGAGAGGCUAAAAGAGCCAAGCACCGCUCAAAGCCACACACCAGGAGACCCCAGCCUCAGCCUGGCUCUCAGUCUGGGUCAGUCCACUGACAGCUUGGGGCCAUACGGAGAAGGAGAGGGAGGUGAAACCCAAGUCCAGCAGAAGAGGCCGAGCCUUGUGGACCGCCAGCCGUCCACUGUUGAGUACCUCCCGGGUAUGAUGCACUCUGGGUGCCCUAAAGGUCUGCUGCCAAAGUUCUCCAGCUGGUCUCUGGUCAAACUCGGCUCAGGAAAGUCCUAUAACUGCCACACAGGUCUAGAGCAGCCGGGCUACCUCCCUGGCUCCUCCUUCCUCUUACCGUGGGAUAUAGUGAUCCGCUCCCGGUCAGAGGAGGACACAGGACUGUCGGAGUCUUUAGAUGGGAGCACCUCCUCAUGGCCGGCUCCUAAUAAGACCCUGGUGGGAAAGAGAGGGAGCACUGGGGGUCUGGGCAGGAGUCGCAGGAGGGAUGAUAUGGCUCGAGUCUUUGUAGGAUUUGAGUACGAGGACAGCAGAGGGAGACGCUUCAUCAGCUGUGGGCCUGAUAAGAUAGUCAAGGUUAUGGGACCAGGGGGCACCAAAGAUCCCGCAACCAGGGUGCUAAACACGGACAUGCCGCUCUACAUCCCCUCUCCUUCACAGGGCCGCGGUCUGAAGCCGCACUUUGCUCAGCUUGUUCGCCUUUACAUCGUUGUGCCUGACGCCCCGCUGGAGAUCACCCUCAAUCCACAGGUUCAGCCUGGUCCCCCGCCGUGCCCAAUUUUCCACCCGGAGCAGACCGAUAUAGUUUUGCCGCCUGACGGUCUUUGGGUGCUGCGGUUUCCUUACUCAUACGUGACAGAUCGAGGCCCCUGUUACCCCCCCAAAGAGAACCAGCCGCUCAACAACUACAAGGUGCUACGAGGCAUCCUGAAGGCCAGCACUGCUAACCCUCCACAACAGUGAACUUUAACCUUUAGAGUCAGAAAGACCCCUUCCUGGACCUGACCUUAUUUAUUAACAUCCUCUUUUGCAGACUCAGGUCAGCUGAUGAACCGCAGACCUCUUCAGACCUUAUCUUAUCAAAGUCUGGCCUUGACCCACAUUUUCCUCCAUGACAAGUGUGAAAGUAGUGGUUGGACCAUGAUGUGCUGUAGACAUUCAUGGUUCCAAUAAAUUAACUGUAUAUUAAUAUGGAUGGGACGUCUUUGUCUGCUUCAAUGCAAAAAGUGAAGCCAAAAUAACCUUUCUGGGUGAAAAAUUAAACGUUUCUCAUUUUUCUAACCCUUAAAGGGGAAACGCUCACUGAAAUCUCUGGAGGCCACUGCCAUUACUGUUUCCAAGAAUCGUGCACAACCCCACAUCAAAAACACCAAAAUAUCCCUUUGAAUCGGCUGGUUUAGCAGUGAAUAACAAAUUCAAACCAAAGUCUUUCUAAGAACAAACACUUUUCCAUAAAUCAGCAUCAUUGAGACAGAAUCUGGUAAUGAAAGUUUAAUUAGAUGUAUUUUUAUUCUGUAGUUAUAUAAAGUGUUCUGUCUUCCAUCUGUUAACAUGGAGGACCUAUUUAUUACUUAUACUCCAGCCAACCAGUAGGGGGAGUGCUAAAUAUUUUGUCUUCACUCCAAGACGGCUGCCUUCUGUCCAUCUUAAUAUUCAGUUUAUGCUCCUAGCAUAUCAAAUCCUAUUAAGCACAAUCAUCACAGUGAAUAACUCAUUCAUCAGUGCCAUAUUUCCUGCUUUAGGAUGAUGAAAUCAUCUUUGUUUUGACACUUUAUGUUUACCGCGCUGUGAUGGGCAUUAUUACAGAGCUUUAGGCUGUCUGUUUGCUUCUUCAGGAGUGCCACUCUGCAUCUGUGUUCAACACUUUGUGUAACUUUGGGGGAGAAGAAGCUCUGAUUUUCACACCGACUUCACACUGUGAUUGGACAGCUGUGCUGCGGAGGCGUUUAAUCGAGCAGUAUGUGAGCUUCUCUAGUCUGUUCUCAAUUCAACCAUGUCUGUCGCUUUUCUCGUGAAGACUUCGUGUAACACCAUUUACUAUGAAUCAUAAAUAUUUGAAACUUUUGUAUGUCAUGUGUGAAUGCAGACUGGAUGCCUCUAUGCUGAAGUGUCUCCUAUCUUGCCUGUCUAUCUGGAUGUGUGUUACAGUAUAACAGCACACAUUACAGCUUUUUCCUGAAAUACAGGGCAGUGAAGGGCAACAUCAUCAUGUUUUCUUUGUAAAUAAAAAUAUCUAUUGGAAA